UUUAUGGAUAAAAGAAAGAAAAAGGACAGGAUAUCAAAGAAAGGUUCUUCUAAUGAAAAUCCUGACAAACUUACAAAGGAAGAGGAUGCGAUUGCUCGUUGUGUACGAUUUAAUUGUCCUACUAAUACAACAAUGUUUGAAGGAAAUGAAGUUCAUUAUUUUGUUGGUAGGUUGUUUAAAACAAACUUUUCAAAAACCUCCUUAAUUUUUCAAGCCAAAAAAGCUGUUGAUACACUAGUUGAAUCCAAAAAAUAUGGUGCUGGAUCAAAAUCCAAAAAAUUUCCCGAUGCUAAGACAGCCGAAUAUUUUUUACAAUCAUUAUUGGAAAGAGGACUUUUCUUUAGAGCAAAGAAAACUGUUUUAAAGAAAAAAGAAAAAGAAGUAACGGAAUCAUCAAAGAAAAGCCAACAAGAUGGAGGAAACAAAUCACCAAAAAUUGAUAAAAAAGUAAAGGAAAAAGUAGAAGAAAAUGAAGAAAAAGAAGAAAAGAAUGAUGGAGGAAAUAAAGAACAGGAAGAAGACAAGAAAAGAAAGAAAAAGAUUAAAUUAACUUUUAAUGAUUUACAAACAUUUGAUGUUGAAACAAAUGAUGUUUAUGUUUGGGUUUUUGAUCCAACACCUUUUUGGAAACAAUGUGUUGGAGUUUUAAUUGUUCUUGGAACUAUUGGUGGUUGCCUUUUCCCGUUAUGGCCAGAUUGGCUUCGUUUAGGUGUUUAUUAUCUUUCUCUCACUGGAAUAAUUCUUUUUGGAAUUUUCCUUGGAUUUGCUUUAGUUAGAACUAUAUUAUUUGGUAUAAUCUGUGUUUGCAGUCUUGGUCGGCAUUAUUUAUGGAUUCUACCAAAUUUGCUGGAGGAAUGUGGUUUCUUCGAGAGUUUCCAACCAUUUUACACUUACGAAUACGUUCCGGGUGGAUUUUUUGGCCCAAAAACGGAAACAAAAAAGAAAGAUGGUGCUAAUAAAAAGAAAAAAACGAAUGAUGAUAAUGAUGAAAUUUCUGAAGAGAAGAAACCACUCCUCGAACCCAAAGUUGAACCUGCUGACGGAGAGCCAGUUGAAGCAAUAAAAGAAAAUGUUCAUGAGCAAAAGCAGGAUCCUGAUGAUGAAAAGAGUGUUGAAGAGGAAGAAGAAGAUAAAGAAGAAUCAGUUACAGAUGAAAGCACCAGUUGGGAUAAACUUUCUGAAAAUAGCCAAAGAUCUGAAGAAAAUGGGGAGCUACAAAAAAGUGAUUAA